CCUGGCGCUCCCGCCAUGGCGCUCAGGAGGGGUGUCCCGCCGGGCCGGCGCCCUCCCGCAGUUAAAGCUGGAGGUAUGAGAGUGUCUAAAAAGCAAGAAAAUGGACCUGCUGAGAAAAAUGCUAAACCUCCAGGAAAAGAAAAGUCAAGGAGGAGCAAUAUUUAAAAUGUUAAAGGCCGUUCUGAAAAAGAGCCGAGAGGGUGGAAAAGGCACCAAGAAAGACUCAGCAGGUGACUGCUGCCCAGAGAAUGCCUCGCAGGUUCCAGCAGCAUCUGGGACCAGUGCAGAUUUCUCCAUUGGUGACCCACCAGGCUCUGAGGACAAUUCCAGAAUGAACUUGGCCAAAGGAGUCUCAAUGUCACUGCCAUCCUCCCCUCUGCUGCCACGCCAGUCCUAUCUGAUGCAGGCGAGAGCAAACAAGAAGUCUCCAGGUGCAGUGAGGAAGCCCAAGUACGUGGAGGGUCCCCGAGUGCCCGGGGAGGUGACGGCGCCACUGCGGAACGGCGCAGGGUCAGGAGAGCCCAGCGGCAGCGCAAAGCCUGACAAAGACUCAAGCUGUUCUCCUGCAGCACAAGAAUUGAUGACAAGAUUGGGUUUUUUACUGGGGGAAGGGAUYCCAACUUCUGCUCACAUGGAAGAGAAAAGCGAAGUUAUGAGUGCAGUCCCCAGCCAGGGAGUGAGUCCCUGUUCCAGCCUGAGCAGCAGCACCACCUCUCCCAGCACCGACAGCCCCUUCUCCACGCUCACCAGCUGCCCUGGCACAGCAGCAGCCAGCAAGGGCAGUCCCUGUGGCAGCAUCAGCACCCCCAGCUCCACCCUGGAGAGCAAGGACAGYGGCAUUAUAGCCACUAUAACCAGUUCAUCAGAAAAUGAUGAUCGUAGUGGAUCCAGUUUAGAAUGGAGUAAGGAUGGGAGUCUUAGAGCUGGAAAACAUCAAGGCAUCAGUCACGAUCGAAGAACAGAUAAYUGUUCACCAGUUGCAGAAGAGGAAGCCAUUGGAUCUUCUGAGAAUUUGUCAAAAGAUGUACCAACAGGRGAGGGUCCCCUUCCUUAUGCUCAGAGUACUGGCUCUUUAAUAAUGCCCCGUCCAAACUCUGUUGCAGCAACAAGUUCAACCAAAUUGGAAGAUUUAAGUUACUUGGAUGGACAGAGGAAUACUCCUUUACGAACUUCAAUUCGCUUGCCUUGGCACAACACSGCUGGCGGGAGGGUGCAGCAGGAAGCUCGUUUCAUCCCCUACAAGCCUCAGGACAUUUUGCUGAAGCCCCUGUUGUUUGAGGUGCCAAGCAUAACUACAGACUCGGUGUUUGUUGGGAGAGAAUGGCUCUUUCGUGCCAUUGAAGAAAAACUGCAGAAUCCUGACCCAGCACAGAACAGGGGAGCCAUCAUUACUGGGAAUGUGGGAUUUGGGAAGACUGCAGUCAUUUCCCGACUGGUGGCACUCAGCUGCCAUGGAAGUCGCAUGAGACAAAUCGCUUCCAGCAGCCCUGGUGCAUCUCCCAAAACAGGUGGUGACUGCUGUCAGGAGAUUCCCUUGAGCCAGUUCCCCGUGGUGUGUGCCCCUGUGUCGGGUGACAGCAGCACAGUGAAGGCUCUGGCAUGUCCUGAGCACAGAACUCACCCAGGGGAUUCUGUCAGGCGCCUCGCCUCCAAGGUGGUGGCUUAUCACUACUGCCAGGCUGACAACACGUACACGUGUCUGGUGCCCGAGUUCGUGCACAGCGUGGCCGCUCUGCUGUGCCGCUGCCCGCGCUUAGCGGCGUUCAGGGAUCUGCUGAGCAGAGAGCCCCAGCUGCAGAGUGCGCUGAGCCUGCGCUCCUGCGUGCAGGACCCGGCAGCUGCCUUCAAACGRGGAGUGCUGGAACCGCUGGCAAAGCUCAGGAGAGAGCAGAAGAUUCCUGAGGAAGACUACAUAAUUUUGGUAGAUGGUUUAAAUGAUGCUGAAUUUCAUAAACCUGAUUAUGGUGACACAAUUUCUUCAUUUAUCACAAAUAUAAUCUGUAAGUUUCCUCCCUGGCUGAAGCUCRUUGUGACCGUAAGAACUAAUUUCCAGGAAGUGGUGAAUUCACUGCCAUUUAUUGCAAUAUCCUUGGACAAUUUUCCUGACAACAAAGAAAUUCACGAUGACUUGAAUGCUUAUAUUCAGUACAGAAUUAAUAAUAGUCAGGAAAUUAUAAACAACAUAUCUUUAAAUGGAAAAUCUGAUGCAGCCACUAUUGGGAAAGUGAGUAAYCACCUGAUCAUGAGAAGCCUGGGAUCUUAUCUCUAUUUGAAACUCACUCUGGAUCUUUUCCAGAAAGGUCAUUUAGUAAUCAAAAGUGCCAGCUACAAGGUUGUUCCUGUGUCUCUGUCAGAGCUGUACUUACUGCAGUGCAAUAUGAAGUUCAUGACAAACUCAGCUUUUGAGCGAGCUCAGCCCAUACUGAACGUGGCCCUGGCAUCCCUGCACCCCAUGACAGAUGAUCAGAUUUUCCAGGCUAUUAAUGCAGGACAAAUAAACACUGAACAGCAGUGGGAAGACUUCAGUCAGAGGAUGGAAGCCCUUUCAUGUUUUCUGAUCAAAAGACGUGACAAAACACGCAUGUUCUGCCAUCCUUCCUUCAGGGAGUGGCUUGUCUGGAGAGCAGAAGGUGAAAAUACUGACUUCCUAUGUGAGCCAAGGAAUGGACAUGCUCUGUUGGCUUUCAUGUUUUCUCGACAAGAGGGAAAGUUAAACCGCCAACAAACAAUGGAACUUGGCCAUCAUAUACUUAAAGCUCACAUUUUUAAGGGUCUCAGCAAAAGGACCGGAAUUUCUUCCAGUCAUCUGCAAGCCUUGUGGAUUGGUUACAGCACUGAUGGACUSUCUGCAGCCCUGGCUUCCCUAAGAAACAUCUACACACCCAACGUGAAGGUGAGUCGGCUACUGAUUUUGGCAGGAGCAAAUGUGAAUUACAGGACUGAAGUACUGAAUAAUGCUCCAGUGCUGUGUGUUCAGUCACACCUUGGACAUGAAGAAGUGGUUGCUCUUUUAUUGGAGUUUGGAGCUGCUGUUGAUGGAACUUCUGAGAAUGGGAUGACAGCGCUGAGUUACGCAGCUGCUGCAGGACACAUGGACAUUGUGGCUCUGCUGUGCAGAAAAGGUGCCAAGGCUGACUUUGCAGACAAGAAGGGCCAGUGUGCUUUGGUGCAURGUGCUCUGAGAGGGCACUGUGGAAUCCUGGAGCUGCUGCUCAGCCUGGUUUGGGUGCCGGGGUGCCCMGAGCAGGAUUCCCUGCGGAAGCAGCAGGCGCUGCAGCAAGCGCUGACCGCCGCCGCCAGCAUGGGCCACUGCCAGGUGGUUCAAUACAUCUUGACACUUGAAAAGGAGCAUGGCAUGGACAUCAAUGACACUGAUGCCUUGUGGGGAGAAACAGCCCUGACAGCUGCUGCAGGAAGAGGGAAGCUGGAAGUGUGCAAGUUCCUCCUGGGCCAUGGAGCAGCAGUGACCAGAGGCAGCAGGAGGGGGAUUCUGCCGCUGCUCUGCGCCGUCCGGCACGGCCACUGGCAGAUUGCUAAACUUCUAGUGGAGCAUGGAGCUGAUGUGAAUUUAAGUGACAAGCAAGGCCGGACACCACUGAUGGUGGCUUCUUGUGAGGGACAUCUGAGCACUGUGGAAUUUCUUCUUUCUGAAGGUGCAACUAUUUCAUCCCUGGACAAGGAGGGACUGACAGCUCUUAGCUGGGCAUGUCUGAAAGGCCACAGGGAAGUGGUUCAGUGUUUACUAGAGAAGGGGGCAACAACUGAUCAGACAGACAAAAAUGGACGAACACCCCUAGACCUGGCAGCUUUUUAUGGAGAUGCUGAAAUUGUGCAGUAUUUGGUGGAGAAAGGAGCAGUGAUUGAGCACACAGACCACAGUGGCAUGAGGCCGCUGGACAGAGCCAUCGGCUGCCGCAACACCUCCGUGGUGGUGAUGCUGCUGAGAAAAGGAGCUAAGCUGGGAAAUGCAGCAUGGGCAAUGGCCACCUCCAAACCUGAUAUUCUCCUGAUUCUUCUGCAGAAACUGAUGGAAGAAGGAAAUACAUUGUAUAAAAAAGGCAAGAUGAAGGAAGCAGCACAGCGUUAUCAGUAUGCAUUGAGGAAGUUCCCAAGGGAAGGAUUUGGUGAGGAAAUGAAAGCCUUCACUGAGCUGAGAGUUUCAUUAUACCUGAACUUGUCCCGAUGUCGCCGCAAAACAAAUGAUUUUGGUAUGGCUGAAGAGUUUGCUACCAAAGCCUUGGAUCUGAAGCCCAAGUGUUAUGAAGCCUAUUAUGCCCGAGCCAGAGCCAAGAGGAACAGCAGAAAACUACUUGCUGCUCUCAGUGACCUACGGGAAGCCACUCAGCUGUGUCCCAGCAAUCAGGAGAUAAAACGUCUCCUAGCUCGGGUGGAAGAGGAAUGCAAACAGUUCCAGAGAACACAGCAACAGAAGCAUCAGUCUCCACAGCUACUCGAGCAAACCAACAAUGCUGAUAAUGAGGAGGAGGSCAUUGUACCAGGUGUGAAUGAUAAUUCUAAUCUUCAAGACAGGGAAGAUGAGCUGCCACUCCCCAGUGAAUCUGUUUCCCCUUCACCAAGGCUGCAGUGUUCCUCAGCUGCUUCAUCAUUCAGCAGGAGCCUUCAAGAAGAUGUUCAGAAAGCUCGGUCUGUGUCCUCUCAAAGCAGAACAAGGAGUAAGUACCUGAGAGAGCCGGGCUUGAUCAUGCAGCCAACAAAACAGGCACAGAUUGUAAAAACAAAUCAGCACCUGAGCUCCAUUCAGCCUGGAUCUAAACCAGGGAGCAGCCUGUGUAGCACCAAGACACAACCAUCUUCACAACCAUCUUCGCAGCAUCUUCCCCACAGUCCCUUGCCCACCCGCCACUCUAGAAGUCAGCAUGUGGAUGGGACAAGCACGUUGACAUCUGGAAGCAUUUCCUCAGGUCCCACUGCUGAACUGCACAAUGAGAAGUUUGUGUCUGGCCAGUGUUCCCAUCCACAGCACCACGAGACUCUCUCUUCUUGUUCUUUUGCCAGUAAAUCUAAACCUGCUGACACGUCACCAGCCUCUGCUUCAGUGAAUUUCCCUGACUCGAGGCAGCAAAGCCCUGUUCCCAGUGGUGCCUAUUCUGGCUCAACAAGCAGCUUCACUUCAGCCAGCAGUUUUUCAGGCAGUGUUAAGGGGCUGGGCCCAGAUGUUCGACUCAAGGACAGUAACGUCAGUCAGGCUCAGGGUACUGAGCACCGACCUCGCAAUACUCCGUUUAUGGGAAUCAUGGACAAGACUGCAAGGUUUCAGCAGCAAAACACACAAUCUAGUCGCACUUGGCACUCUCAGGCAUCAGAGGGAUUAUCCACAAAUACUGCUUCUGCAGGCAUCCAGCCCUCAAAUUGUGAGCAGUUCUCAGUUAAAUACUACUCGACUCCAGCAUCCUCGCCAGGUGCUGCCCCGGGAGAUGGCAACCAGAGCAGCGUGCAAGCGACAGAACACAUGGAGCUCCUGUGCCAAAUCCCUCCCCAUUGCACAGACAGCAGAGCAGCCAGCCAAGGUUCUCAUUCAUACCCUGAUGCUGUAGCCAAACCRCCACCCCAGAGCACUCAGGACAGUCACCUCAGUCACAGCACCACAGCAAAACCAAAGCGAUCGUUCAUUGAGUCAAACGUAUAAAUACUGUUCUUUACAAUGACAGGGUGGACCUGGCUCACAGCAUCCCAGGGUCUGAGUGCUUUACAAAACACCGACUGGCUGGGCAUGGCUGGCUCCCAGGGAGCAGUCUUUAAUGGGAUACAACCACUUCCACCUGUUCCUACCAUCGCAGGGCACUGACAGUAACUGGAAUAACAAUAACAAAUUGGUGUAGUAAGACUCAAUUAGGGUUGUCCGAGGACCUCAAGCAGAGAAAUCCUUUCCAUUAUAUUUUACCAUUAAAUAUUUCCUUUCACGCAGGCUUCAGUCUUGGCUUUUGGUUCUGUUGCAUCUCACACAUAAUAAUUGUGCCUCUUGAGUGCUUAAGUGCUUACGUCUCACAGCAGUGCUAGGAAAGAUAAUCUGCUGCAGAAUACUCAGAUCUGUGCAUGCAUUUUUUUAAAUCAAAGUAUUUUAUCACUUUUCUAGCAGGAUCUACUUUGGGUUGCAUGAUGUACAUUCAGGAAGCAUAAAUAAUUUGUGUAUGAGUAAACUAUAAGCAGCCAUGUUUUGACAUGUAAAUAUAACUAUUUUUAGUAACUAGAAGAAAUCAAAUAAAAUAAAGAGUGACAUUUGCAUGUGUAUUGAGAGGCUUUGACCAUAUUGGUUAUUGCACUGAAGAACUCAAUAUUAUGGCUUAUUAACAAUAAUCGCACUUUAUCUAGGGAAUCCAAUCACCUUUGGGUGCUAUCUUAAAGCAAAAUGAUUUAUUGUUAAUUUGUGAAAAGGUACAACAACUMAAUGCUUAGUAAGCAUUUUCAUGGGAAACCCACGAAAGGGAUGGAGUGAAGGUGAAAGUUUGAGGAAAAGCGUAUGUGCAGUUGCAUGACAGUAGUGAUUAAGCUGAGAAGUUGGGUUUUUUGAUGAAAKAAGGUUUUUUUAUUGGUGAGAACAUUCUGAAAAUGAAUGGCUGCAGUGACAUUCCUAUGAGUGCAAUUCAGUUGGAGUGCUCAGCUUUAYACUCUUCCCAUCAUGCUUGAUUACAGUGUUCUGUGUACAUUGUAAACAGCUAUAUCCAGCUCUAGAAAUCCUUUUGCAUCAUUAUGCUUUAGCUUAUUUAUUGUUUACCGUUUCUUUGAUAUUUUGUACAAGUCUUAUAUUAGUUUUGUCCUGUAGAUCUAUUUUUGCACAGCUACUGUACUCUUUCCAUACAAAAUAAAGAUUAUUAAUAUACCUGUGGGAUGAGAUGCAGUCCCUGAAAGUUACAGGAGAAACUCUCAGCUUUUUCACCUACAUAUCCAGUAAUGGGGAACAGAAGAAGACAUAUUUUGGUGUGAUAGAUUAGAAAAAGAAACACAGAUCCUAUACUUUGCUAUUUCUUACCUUCUG